UUGAAAUUCCUAGUUCUGUUCAUAGACCUAAUAUGGAUAUAAUAUGGAUAUUAGGUCUAUGGUUCUGUUCUAUAGUGUUUUUCAGUGUAAUCUCUGGUGUUUUUGUUUUAUAUUCGCUAUCUAGUUCGAAAUUUUUUAAACUUUCAUGAUGAUGAAAAAAAGAAACAGGUAUAAAUAUAAAGAAUGUGAUGGAGAAAGUGAUGAAGAAACAGAAUUUUUUAUCAAGUCAACGACGACAAGAAGAGAAUUACCGUGUGUUGAAAAAAAUAUUCAAGAAGGAGAUACUUUACAGUCUCUGGCUAUACGACAUUCUUGUACUAUUGAAGAGAUCAAGAGGCUCAAUAACAUACAUAAGGAAAAUGAAAUAUUUGCAAGAAAUGUUAUAAAAGUGCCUCUUAAAGUACUCUCUGAAGCUUUAGCUCCUAUACAUACAAGUGGAUCUACAACACCUGAAAAUAAACUUCUCGAUAUUGAAUCUCCUAAUAUCGAUCCGAUAGAUAUCAAUUUGAAAAUAGAACAACAAAGUGCAACUCAUGAAACUAAGGUUAAUGAAAUUAUAUUCAACAGUCAAAUUUCCCAGAAGCCCAUUGAUAUCAAUCUGGAUGAAGUAGAUAUCAAUGAUGAAGAAGAGCAACUUAUAUCUUCUACCAAGUCAUCUGACAUUUUAGGAUCUUUGUUGACCUGUAAUGGGAUUGAUGGUGACAUAUCUUUUGUUGGAUUGAUUAUAUUCAUUGUUGUUUUGAUAUUUGCAGUUCCUUUAAUUUAUGUAUUUUAUAUAGCAGAACACCUUGAAAAAUAUCAUCAUUAUCAAACAUGAAAUAAUUCAGUUUUUCAUUGAUGAUCUUUAUUGUGAUACUAGAAAGAAUUUAUGCUAAGUUGUGAUUUCAAGGUUGGCAAAGAUUAAAAAUGCCUUUUUGGGUUGUUAUUUAUAUUUAUUGAUGUUGACAUGUAUUUGAUUUAUUCUCUAUUAUAGUUACAUGGAACCAGUGAAAAAUUUCACUAUUUUUUUAAGGAAAAAAAUUCUUUAUCUGGAA